AAAAAUUUUUUACAAUAGAUUUGUUAUUAUAAAUUCAUAAAUUAUAUAUUUUAUAAAAAAAGAGAUAUUAAAACAUUUAAUUAAAAUGUAAAACGUAGACUAAAAAUUAAUUAAAAUACGAGAACUUCUUAAAAAAAAAAAUAUCGAUGCUUAUUUAGUCCCUCACGAUGAUGCUCAUAAUAGCGAAUAUAUAGCUGCUUCUGACGAAAGACUUGCUUAUAUUUCUAACUUUAAAGGUUCUGCUGGCUUUGCUCUAAUAACUUAGGAAAAAGCUUUUUUAUGGGUCGAUUCAAGAUAUUGGCUCGAUGCUGAAAAAAAUCUUGAUUAAGGUUGGGAAAUGAAAAAAUUAGGAAUAGGAUAAGUACCAUGGACUUAAGAUGUAAGCGUUUUACUUAAUAAGGGUUCGAAAAUUGGAUAUGACCCAUUAUUAGUUAGUACAGAUCUUAUUGUAAAUAGAUAGAAAUUUUUUGAAAAACACAAUAUAUAACUAGAGGCUAUUGAAUAAAAUCUUGUAGAUGAAAUAUGGGAAAAUAAAUAAGAAGAUAAUAUCGAAUAAAUUAUAAUACAUGAAUUAUAGUAUGUAGGAUAAUCUACAGGGGAAAAAAUAAAUUUGAUUUCUCAAAAAGUAAAAGAGAUAAACGCAUAAAUGAUUUUAACUGGUAAAUUAGACGAAAUAGCUUGGAUUUUAAAUUUAAGAGGAUAAGAUAUAUAAUUUAAUCCAGUUUUUAAAUCUUUUUUGAUAAUAAAUUUUAAUUUUAAUUAAAACUCAUAUUGUGGUACACUUUAUGUAGAUUAGAGAAAAAUAAAUAAAGAAGUAGAAUACUAUUUAAAAGAAAAUCACAUUAAUAUGUCCAGUUACUAAAAGAUAUUUGAAGAUUUACCGAAUUUUUAAAAAAUAGCAAUCCAUGAAGGCGAAAUAAAUUACAAAAUUACUACUAAUUUGAACUAGUAGGAAAUUAUUAAAAUGUCUGGAACAGGAAUUAUAAAUAAAUUAAAAGGCAUAAAAACACCUACUUAGGUUUAAGGAUUUAGAGAUUGUAAUAUUCGAGACGGGGUUUCUUUAGUAAGUUAUUUGGCCUGGCUUGAACAUGAAUUAGUCAUUAAGAAAAAUUAAAAUUUAAACGAAUAUACAGCAGCACUUGUUUUGGAAGAAAAAAGACUCAAAAAUGAUAAAAAUAAAGGGCUUUCCUUUGAAACUAUAUCUUCUGUAGGGCCUAAUGCAGCAAUUGUGCAUUAUAAACCAUGUGAAAAAACAGCUGCUUUAUUAAAGCCUAACUUAAUUUAUUUGUUAGAUUCUGGAGCUUAAUAUUUAGAUGGAACUACUGAUGUAACCAGAACUUUACAUUUCGGAAAUGCUAGUAAUGAAGAAAAAGAUGCUUAUACAAGAGUUUUGUUAGGAAACAUAGAUGUUUAGAGAGUUUAAUGGCCUUCAAAAUCUCUAAUUGCAGGAAGCGAUAUUGACGUUUUAGCCAGAAGACAUUUAUGGGCUAAUUAUAUGGACUACGGUCAUGGCACAGGACAUGGUAUUGGGCAUUUUUUAAAUGUACAUGAAGGACCUCAUGGAAUCAGUAAAUAUAGAAAUGAACCACUUUUAGAAGGAAUGAUUGUUUCUGAUGAACCUGGAUAUUAUAAAGAUGGAGAAUUUGGUAUUAGAAUUGAGGAUGAUUUAGUAGUUAUUAAUAAAGGAAAUGAAUUUUUAGGUUUCGAAAAUUUAACUUUGUGUCCUUACGAUAGAAAUUUGAUUGAUUAUACUUUAUUAACAAAAAAUGAUGCUUAAUUUGUUGAUUAAUAUCAUUAAUAAGUAUGGAAUAAAUUAUCACCAGUACUAAAAUAAUAAAAUGAUUAAAUAGCUUUAGAUUGGCUUAAGAAAAAUACUUAACCUUUACCUGUUUGAAAAUGAUAAUUUAAUAUUU